GUUAAAUGGUUCAUUCCACUUGCAGGUCCUGUCAUAUUUGUAAGUUAUUGCCAGUCAUAUUUGCAUUGUAAACAUGUGGUGGAUUCUGAUUGGUUAGUGGGCCUUUCCGUGGCACAUAGACUCCGCUUCCUGCUUCCGCUCUGUGCCAGUAAUAUAUGGAUUGCGCCCAUGCUGCCUGUGAGCUGUGCCGACUGCUGUGUGACACUACCCGACCAAUCGGUCUCCAUUUAUGUUCAACAGGUCCAACAAGCCAACAGCAGUAAAGUUACACAAAGCAUCCCUGGUUGUCGUCAUUGUCCCUGAAACACAACACAACGCAGAGUCACAACAAAAAUAACAAAGGUUACAAUGGUGCCGUGACCGUACUCCGGGAUUCUUCAGACGGGAGGUGCCUCGUCUUUACCUAUGGAGAAGAACCGUGGUUUGCUCAGCGGUUGGUGCGCUUCGGAGCAGUUCCUAUUUUCGCCACCGGGUGGCAGGAGCGCUACGUGGUUGCUCUAGUAAAUGUCAAAAUAAAUUGGAUAAGCCUGGUCAAUGCUUUCCAUGUUGCCUACUGAAUAGAUAUCUUUGCUACAUUUGAAAGAAGUGUGUGGCUUGUUUGCCUAUAUAUAUAUAUAUAUAUUGUUGUUUUGUUUGUUUUUCAUCUGUUGUAGUGGUGACCCCAGCAGGGUAUUGACAACUAGAUUUUCUUUUGAGGGGUAUUAGUGACAAGAAUAAUGUCAUUAAUGAGGUAUAUAAAUAAAUGAUUUUAUACCAAGAAAGGAUAAUAAAAAUAAUAAAAAAAGACUAAAUAAAUAAAUGAAAAGUGGAAUAGGUGAGGGAAAAUGUGUUGUGAGGUAGCUGAAAUUAUUUGUCAUUCCUUGUUUUUGGGGAUGUGGGUAAUGUAUAUGUGAUAGUGAUUAAUAUUUCUUUCUACGCUGAUAUUUUAUUUUGGGUUGAGUCUUUGUGAGCCUGGGUUAAUAUUUCCAGUGAUUGUGUCCCUGUUAUUGCUGCCCUUGAUUGCUUUACUCUUGACUGUGAUAUUAGUGUAUAACUGGGUAUUUUUCUUUCCCUACUGCUGUUUAUUGAUUGAUAAAACUGCAAUGGAGUAUAGUUUUGGGAGGGGGAGAGGAACAUUUGUGUAUCCUCCCAAGACACCUGUUGGUAGGGGCAGGGCACUGUUGAUGACUGGACCUGUCACAUCGACCCCUAUGCCCAUUCUUGACAAUAACCCAGCUGAUGAUAAUGAUGAAUGUUCUACUCAGCCACAAAUUAGCUGUGUUGGACUUGGCUCACCCAGUACAGAUAAGGGAAAUGUUCCUGUACAUAUAAUCGCAGGCAUUGCCAAAGAAAUUGGGAUGUCUAUUGGGGAGAGUAUUGCCGCUAGCAUCGAUGCUAAGCUUGGUAGUGGGGCCAAUUCAAAUUCUACAGCUGACACUAACAGAUCUGACGGAGUAGAUACUUCCCUAGUGAACCUGGUUGCAAGAGCUAAAGUUAAAGAGCCAGUGUUCUUCAAAGGAGACGGCUUGGAUGCCUACACAAUACAUGAAUGGGAAACAGUGGUCAUGAUGUAUCUCAGAAAACGAGCCAUACCAGUGAAUGAACAGGCUGAGGAAGUCAUGAGCAGACUCAUGGGGAAAGCUAGGGAGGUUGUUAAAGUUGGCAUACGUAGCAAUCCAUCCCUUGUUCUGUCUGAUGGCCCGGGUCCCAUCUUUCAUAUUUUAAAACAGCAUUUUAGUGACACCGUCUCAUCUGUUAUGCCCAUGGCUGACUUUUAUACUACUUUGCCGUUUUCUGAUGAGGAUCCUUUUGAGUACUGGCUCAGACUGAACAGGGCUAUGGAAGUGACUGAGGACUGCCUAAAGAGACAGAAUAAGACAGUUGAUGACCCGUCACGUGAACUCACUACCAUGUUUAUCAGACAUUGCCCUGACUCCGAACUCUCCCUGAUUUUCAAGUGCAAACCUCUGCAGCAGUGGACCGCCGCUGAUGUGCAUGAGAAACUGGUGGAACACGGACGUGAAAAGAGACAGUCAUCUCAGCCUAGGAGUGCUGCUGCUGUCACUAUGUUGCAACAAGAAGUCCGUCCUGCCAACCCAUCUCCUGUACCAUCUGGUGAGAAAACCACUCAUUCUACCCCAAGCCCAGCUUUGUGCCAACCAUCACAGGGGUCUGCUGAGUCGUUAGACCGUAUUAUCGGUAUGUUGGAACGUCUUCUGGAGCAGGGACCCCAGCAGGAUCAACACUAUUGCAGGCCAGAGCAUCAGUCACCAGGAGGGCAUAGGAACAGAGUGCGUGCCUCGCUGCCAUGUGAAGUGUGUGGUGACAGGGAGCACAAUACUCGCUUCCAUUGCAGGGCCAACCACCUGUGCUAUCUCUGUUAUGCCUCCGGCCACAGAAGUGCCGAUUGUCCAAAGUCUGCCAUGUCAAACCCGAAGGGUGCUGCUGCCUUCAAUGACCCAGCCACUCAGCAUAAGGGAAACGAACAGGCCAACAUUUAGGGGGGGUAA